AUGAAUAACGCUGCAACGCUUGCUACUGCUCCUUCGAGCGUGUCAGGGCCCGUUACUAGAAGGACGUCGUUACCAGCACCAUCUCCGGCGUCAGAACCGUCGUUGAUAGGUAUGUUACGAAAGAACGUAGGCAAGGACCUGAGCACCAUCAGCUUCGACGUUACCUUCAAUGAACCUCUGAGUCUCUUACAAAAAUUAGCAGAAGAGGUCGAGUACACAAACCUGCUUCGGCUAGCCACCCAAGCUGUAGACCCAAUCGAGAGGCUUGCGCAUAUCGCCGCCUUCGCCGUCUCCCAAUACGCCAAUUCCAAGCACCGCACGUCUAGGAAGCCAUUUAACCCCCUUCAAGCCGAGUCCUACGAGCUGGUCCGGGAAGAUUUGGGACUCAGGUUCAUCAGUGAAAAGGUCACGCAUCAUCCUCCUCGGAUGGCGUGUUAUGCGGAAGGCCCAGGGUGGGUAUAUAACUGCACAAGUUCCGCAAAGAACAAGUUGUCAGGCAUGAGUCUCGAGAUCCAGCCGCUCGGAGCUCAGCAUAUCAUCUUGAAUGGGAACGAGAGGUACUCAUGGACCAAGCCGAAAUCCUACAUGCGCAAUCUGGUUGCUGGCGCCAAAUAUCUAGAGACGAUCGGGGAUCUGACCAUUCGCAACGAAUCUAGUGGAGAAAAGGCCGUGAUCAAUUUUGAAGCUGGAGGUUGGGCUGGCAAGAGGAAUCAAGUCUCCGGAAUCUGUUAUACGGCGAGCGGGAGCAAGGCCGCUUGGAUCGAUGGGGUUUGGGAUUCGAAGUUGAACGUGCGAUAUGGGUCGAGUCAUGAUCCGAGCCAUCCUCUUUGGCUUGCCAAUCCUUGGCCGGCGAACACGGAUAAGAACUACGGAUUCACUCAAUGGGCGAUCCAGCUGAACGAACUCACGCCCGACCUUGUCGGUGUCAUUGCCCCUUCAGACUCGCGUCUGCGACCAGAUCAGAGGGCGUACGAGGAAGGUCGAAUCACAGAGGCUGAUCACCUCAAGACCGCGCUCGAAGAGGCUCAACGGCAGAGGAAACAGGCCGAGGGGGAUUACAUUAAACCGAGAUGGUUCAAACCUACCUCGCAUGGUACUGGAGAGGACGAAUGGGAGUAUGCGGGCGGGUAUUUUGAGAGUCGAGCGGACGGGAGUCUUCUCACAAAGGCUGUCGCAAGUCUGUUCGAACUGUAA